CACAUCCGGGCCUGGAUCUCGUUUCUUCCCCGCGGGCUAGCGCAGGGCCUGCCAUAGGGUCGGGUUAGAGCGAUGCUCCGCGCUCUUGCAGUCCGGGCGGCGCGCAGGGGGGGCGCCCUCGCGGCGCAGCAGCAGCGGUGCUUCGCCGAGGGUGCCGUGGCGCCGCAGACCACCGUUUGGGACGAGCUGUCCGACCUGGUGACUAGCGACGACGGCAAGCGGGAGCUGGCCACCCUGCGCAGCUCGUACGUCGACAUCGCUCAGAAGCUGACCGGCAUGGCCAAGACCCAGCCCGCGAUCAAGUGGGCGGACUGGAGCAAGGAGAUUGACCCCAAGCUGGUGCAGCAGUUCAAGCAGGCAUAUGAGACCAUGAAGCUGCCCAAGUACGAGGGCACCGAGCUGCAGGAGGCCACCGCCCAGUUUGCGGCGCUGCAGAAGGAGGCGGAGGCGCUGGUGACCUCCUCCCAGAUCCGCAUCGCAGAGAUCCAGACUGAGAUCGCCAACAUCCAGAAGGAGAAGGAGCGCAUCGCCACCACCACCAUUGACGACGAGCUGGCGGCAGACCCCGAGCUGGCCAAGGAGGUGGACGAGGAGGUGCAGAAGAACUACUUCAUGGUGGUGUGAGGCCCGCCGCGCCAGGCACGCUCCCGGCGACCGCCAGCGCAGCGCGGCAUGUUGUUUCGGCUGGGACGGCCACGCCCUGCUCUCCACCACGCCACGCGUUGACACAGGGCGGCAGGGAUGUGCCGACAAGCUGCAGGCUGCUGACUGGGGAAGGCCUGAGGCCCGCCAAUCACGCCUGGGCACACUGCGGCCGACGCCUGUGUGUGUGUGUGUGUAACAUUCACAACGCUCA